UGACUGUGCUGAAAAUUAGUUCUUUAUCACAGUAUCAUCGAUUCGCUUACUCGUCAAACGCCUCGCCUUUGGCAUUUUCGUUUCUUCAAAAUCAAACAAACAACCCCCAAAUCUCUUCCCCUCUGAAUCUGAUAAUCGAAUUCCACCACCGACGAUCUUCUUCUAAAACCCUAAUCAGAUCGGUAAGUCAUGGACAAAAGCAUCAGCAUAAGCACCAACGUUAGCACGACGACUUCCAUGGAGAAGAUCGAUCAGGCAGCGAGCUGGCUCAGCGCCACGAUCAUCUCCGCUUUCUUCGCCUCCCUCGACCGCUGCGCCUGCGUCAAUCUCUCCACUUCCCAUGACGACGAAGACGAAGACGACGAAGAGUCCUACCACCGUCCCCUUGCUCUCUCCGCCGCUCCUCAUUCCAACGACACCGUUUAAGCUCCGUGUUGGUGUUGACCUCUCUUGGUAAUGAAAAUCCUAUCGUGUGUUUUUUUUUCUUUUUUGCUUCCUCUGGUAAUCGAUAUGUAAGCAUUAUGUGUGAUGCUUGUAAAUGUCAGACUCGGAACUUGUUUUGCGAUGGUUCUCAAGUGCUUUGUCUGUUUGUCUGUACCUGAUGAUCUUACUUGGGUUUGAUGUAGUUAAGAUCAGUCGUUUGAAGUUUCUUUUGUUAAUCAAUCUGAAUCUGACUUCAAGUA